GCGUACCGGCGACGCCCACCAGGCUUCUUUUUUUCCUUUACUUCCCACGUUCACGUCGACUGUGGCAAACCCUCCGUUACUUAUUUAUUUAUUUAUUUCUCGUCCACUCAUGUGGAUGAAAUGUAGGCUGUAGGAGCGGAUGACGUAGCGCGUGCACUCGGACGUUUCUGUGUGUGUGCGUGUGUGUGUGAGCGCGCGCGCGUGGAGGAAAAUGUCAACGUGCGGCGCGAGAGCAGGAGGAGGAGGCUCGAGCUGCUGGAGGAGACCGUGAAAUGAAACGAGCCGCUGUUGCCGGAUAGUGUGUGUUAACGUCUGAAGAGUAAAGUUGCUCACGGCGGCGGUAGUUAGCGGAGCUUCUCGCCCGCUAAAGUGAGUUAAAUUCGGCUGCCCACACCGAAGCCAAGCCUCCGUUUCCUGGAUGUGAAGCAGCACCAGGCAGCAACGCUCCUACAUCAGGCCACUUGUGAACACCGCACCUCCAUUUCAGAAACCAUCAGCAGCCCCUCUAGCAACGAUGUAGACUUUUCAACGACGUGAUGAUGAUGCAAGGCCUUAAGGGGAGGAGGAGCAGUAACUGACUCUCCUCCAUUACGCCACAACCUGCACUCUAUGUCCGUCCUGAUUGGGCGGCUGGAGUGCUAUGUCAUCAACCACACCCCCAUCGGCCCAACCCGCAAAGAAGGGAAGGAAGCCGGAGAAAUCGGAGGUGAUGGCUGAUUCGGUGCAGGCCACCAAUGAGGAGCUCAGGAGCAAACUUAUGGACAUCCAGAUUGAACUCCAGCAGGAGCGUGGCAAGGCAUGUAAGCUCCGUGAGCGGCUCCAGGAGCAGCGGCAGGCUCGGGAGCUUGAGCAGCACAAACAUGCAGUAGCACUCACUGACCUGCGUGCCAAACUCCAUGAAGAAAAACUACGGGAGAUAGCGGCUGCCCGUGAGACCCUAGCGCGGCAGCAUGAUGUCGAGCUGGCCCGGGCCAUCAAGAUCCGGGAUACCGAGGUGCAGAGGCUCCAGGGGCUUGUAAAUGCACUGAGAGAUGGAGCAGCUGACAAACUCAAAAAUGCUCUUCUGGGAGAAGCUCGGGAGGAGGCCAGGAGAGCAUUCGAUGGGGAGAGACUAAAGCUACAGCAGGAAAUUCAGGAGCAGAAAAUAGCUAGGAAGCAGGCUGAGGAGGCACUAGCAACUGCUCUCCAAGCUGAUAAAGCCAAAGCAGCUGAUCUCCGUACAGCCUACCAGCAGCACCAGGAUGAAGUGCAUCGUAUUAAACGAGACUGUGAGAGAGACAUCCGCCGGCUGAUGGAUGAGUUGAAGGCAAAGGACCGGGUGGUGUGUGCUCUGGAGAGGGAGCUGGGACUGCAGGCUGGUUAUACUCAAAAGCUUCAGCUCCAAAAGGAAGCCCUGGAUGAGCAGCUGGGUCAGGUACGAGAGGCUGAGAGACACAACCAUGGCAGCCCCAAGAGAGAAGUGGUGCCUGGGCUGGGGGACAACCCAGACCUGCUCAACAACCAGUUUUUGUCUGCCUCCUCCUCUCCUCUCCCCGCUGUUCAACAGGAGGUGGAGGAGCGUGACAUGAGGAGGUUCCAGCUGAAGAUUGCAGAGCUCCACUCAGUCAUCAGGAAACUGGAGGACAGAAAUGCAUUGCUGGCCGAUGAGAGGAAUGAACUAUUGAAGCGGGUGCGAGAGGCAGAGAGCCAGAUGAAGCCCAUGUUUGAGAAGAACAAGCGGCUGUCUAAGAAAAAUGAUGACCUCCUGCAAACACUGCAGCGCAUGGAGGAGAAACUCAAGAACCUGAGCCGUGAAAAUGCUGAGAUGAAGGAAAAAGCUUCCUCCUCUCGGCCCCCCUCACAGCAGCAAUCCAUUCAGCCCCAGCUGAAACGGCCCAGCUCACUGACCGACCUGAGCCACGCCCACGAGGAACAGGAAGUGGAGUUCCUCAAGCUACAGGUCGCUGAGCAACGUGGCAUCAUUGACGAGCUCAUGCAGGAACGUGACCGAUUGGUGAUGAGCAAGAAGAACAGGAGGAAACCUCUCAAGCUGUCAAAAAGGCAUGUUGUGGAGACAUAUUUUGGAUUUGAUGAGGAGUCGAUAGACUCUGAGACCUCCUCUCUGACCUCCUAUAACACUGACCUCACUGACCGGACGCCUGCCACUCCGGAGGAGGAUUUGGAAGAGAGUGUUUCCCGUGAGGAGUCAGAGCUUCGUUUCCGUCAGCUCACCAGAGAGUACCAGGCUCUUCAGCGGGCCUACGCCCUCCUACAAGAGCAGACUGGGGGCUCACUAGAUGCUGAGAGGGAAGCUAGGACACGUGAGCAGCUUCAAGUGGAGCUCAACAGCUGCCAGGCCAAGAUUGUUGAUCUGGAAAAGGCUCUGGCUGAGAGGGGGCAGGAUUCAAAAUGGGUGGAGGAGAAGCAGUACUUGCUCAGGACUAACCAGGAAUUGCACGAGAAGAUGUGUGCGUUGCAGCAGACGGAGUCGCGGCUGCAGGCGGAGGUUCAAGAUGCUCGGGACCAGAAUGAGCUGCUGGAAUUCAGGGUGCUGGAACUGGAAGAAAGGGAGCGCAGAUCUCCUGCCCUCAAUCUCCACAUGUCUGCGUUUCCUGAUAACAGUAGCAGUGCCCUUCAGAUCUACUGCCACCAGGAGGGAGUCAAGGAUGUAAUUAUUCCUGAGCUGAUGAAGAAGCUGGAUAUUCUGGGGGAUAACGGAAAUCUCAGAAAUGAGGAGCAGGUAGCCGUGAUCCAAGCAGGGACGGUGAUCUCACUGUGUGAAAAGUGGUUGAAGCAAAUAGAUAGCACAGAGGCUGCCCUCACACAGAAGAUGAUCGACCUGGAAAAUGACAAGGAGCUGUUCAGUAAACAGAAGGGAUUCCUUGAGGAGGAGUUGGACUACAGGAAGCAGGCUUUGGACCAGGCAUAUAUGAGGAUCGAGGAGCUGGAAGCCACGCUGUAUAGCGCUCUGCAGCAGGAGCAGCCGGCAUGCCAGGCGGUGGCCGAAUCGCUGACAGACAGGCAGAGGGAGGAGCUGAGGCUAGCCGUGGACAAGCUGCGGCGUCAGAUUCUCCGGCAGAGCCGGCAGUAUGACAGUCAGAUCUUACAGGAGCGCAUGGAGCUCCUACAGCAGGCCCAGCAGAGAAUAAGAGAGCUGGAGGACAGAAUUGACUUGCAAAAGAGACAAAUAAAGGAAAUAGAGGAAAAGUUUUUGUUCCUCUUUUUGUUUUUCUCUUUAGCAUUUAUUCUUUGGCCUUAAUGAAAAUGACUGUGGACCCACAUCAGGUGUUAAGGUGCUGUGGAGGAAAGCGAGGAUGAAACAAUUGUUUUUUAUGCAUUUGUAGACAGUUCACGAAAACCUUAUGGCCUUUUUGAUAAAUGCGCACUUUUGCAGAAAACCCUUACUUGG